GUUUACCGGAGCAUGAUGACUUCUUCGAAGGAAGUCGGUCGCCAGCCAACCAGCCUAUUUAUUUUGAAUUGAAAAAAGUGGAUAUACGUCCACGUCUGACCAACGCAACACAAUCCACGAGCCGGCACAGACAAACAAGAAACACCGGGGAGAAAGCAAACAACAGCAAAGGCGAUGGGAAAGACGAGCGGCGCCGGCGCGAAGGAGGAGGCCGCGCCCGCGGUCGCGGGGGCUAGGGAGUUCGGGAGCAUGGAGGAGUUCUGGGGCUUCUACCUGGGCCAGCACUCGAAGCCGGCCACGCGGCGGUGGCACUUCGCCGGCACGCUCGCCUCCCUCGGCUGCGCGGUGCUCGCGGCCGCCACCGGCCGCGGCGCGCCCCUCCUGGCGGCCCCCGUGCUCGGGUACGGCAUGGCGUGGUACAGCCACUUCUUCGUCGAGGGCAACCGGCCGGCCACGUUCGGCCACCCCGUCUGGUCCUUCCUCUGCGACUACCGCAUGUUCGCGCUCAUCCUCACCGGCCGCAUCGACGCCGAGCUCGCCCGACUCCGCAUCCACCCGCCCUCCCAGCGCCAGGACUGACUGAUCGAUCUGACUGAUCCGUCCCUGCGUUUCGUGGUAACUUGAAUAAGUUUGCGCGAUUUAGCUUGCUGCGUAUCUCUACGCACAGAGAGUGCCAAUCAAGGUCUUACUGUUCCUCUUCUGUUUGGUUAAGAGGAUUCGACAAUGAAGCAACAAUUUCUGUUUCAUUUCCUUUCAAUUUAGAUAAUGUAAAGGCAGCUUCUCUGCUUUAUUUCCAGUACUCAUUUGUAGAA